UUUAGGUUCUCCUCCUCUCUCUACUUCUUCUACAUUUUUUUUAUCGUUAAGCUGAUUAGUCCUCUCCGUUAUCAUCUACCUAGACAAUACAAUCACCUUUUUUCUUUGAGAAUCUCAUUAAUGAGGCAAAUUCAGCUUUGAAAAUGGUACUGUUGAUCAUUUACUCUCCCUCUCACGAUUCUCUUUACCUUUUCUUUCUUUCUUUCUUUUUUGGGUUAUAUGUGCUAAUUUUUUUUAUUUCUUUUGGGCUGGGGAAUUUCGUUUCAUAGAAUACAAUGUUGGUACUACCAUGGUUAGAGUCAUUGCUAAGCACAUCUUUUUUCACUGUGUGCCGGACACAUGGGGAUGCGGCAAGGAAUGAAUGCAAUAUGUAUUGCUUAGACUGUGAAGGUGAUGCAUUUUGCUUCUAUUGCCGUUCUUCUAGACACAAGGAUCAUCAAGUCAUUCAGAUAAGGAGAUCUUCAUAUCACGAUGUAGUGAGGGUUGCAGAGAUUCAAAAGGUAUUGGACAUAAGUGGAGUUCAAACCUAUGUGAUAAACAGUGCUAGAGUCUUGUUUCUCAAGGAGAGGCCACAGCCAAAAUAUGGAAAAGGAGUCGCUCAUAUUUGUGUAAUUUGUGGAAGAAGCCUUUUGGACCCAUUUCGCUUUUGUUCAUUAGGAUGCAAGCUUGUAGGAGUAAAACGAAAUGGUGAAGCAAGCUUUACCAUAGAGGCGAAGAAUGAGGCAUUAAUGGAAAGGAGAGAAGGCAUUUCGAGAGGGGAAGAAGAGUUGCGUGAAGGCUCACAGCAACAGCAAGACAUAUACCCGCCCACGCCUCCUCCACCUCCUUCUAGGGCAAGGAGAAGAAAAGGCAUUCCUCACAGGGCACCUUUUGGGUCCUAGCUAAUUUACCCUCACAGUCAUACAAGCGAGGAGUAGUUGUAUAUUGAGUAUAUGUUAUUUGGUUACAACUUUCUUUUCAAAACAUUUUUAAAUUGCUUUUUUUUUAAGUGUUUUGAAAUGAUUUUAAUCAGGUUGAUGUUAAAAAAAAAUAAUAUUAUUUUAAUAUAUUUUUAUUCAAAAAAAGUAAAAUUAAAUUCAUUAUUUCCUGCGCAACCUACAUUUUUUUCCCUAGGGUGUCAUUUUCCUAUCUAAAGAAUUGUAGGGUACCCUGUUCUGGUUGGGGUGUCCAAAAAACAAAAGGGCUAGUAAGUUUCCCUGGUAGGUCUGGGUUCCAUGCAACAAAAUUCUCUUGUGAAGAAGCAAUAAUGCACAUUUGUUAUUUGUAGCUGCAAGGUAUACAUUGCCGUUAACAUCUUAUUUAUUUUUAUGUUUUAAAAUAUUUUUAUUUUUAUUUUAUAUUUUUAUUUCAAAUUAAUAUUAUUUUAGUAUUUUUAGAUUAUUUAGAUGCACUGAUAUUAAAAAUAAUUUUAAUAAAAUAAAAAAAAUAUUAUUUUAAUAUUUAUAAAUAAAAAACAUUUUAAAAAACCAUCACAACUACCGUUUCAAAUAGACUCUAAAAAAUUAAACAAGUCUUUUUGGAUUCCGUUUUAUAGAAACAAAAGGGCAAGUAAGUUUUUCAUUUAUUUUUGUGUUUUAAAAAAAUUUUUUUAAAUAUUUUUUUUUUCUGACAUAAAGAAACACCAGCUUUCUUUCUAUUUGCAGCCUCGUAUGAAUAUAUUCCCUGACAAGGGACACCUUAAGCACAGCAGCACAUGUAAAGCAGUUCUUAUAUGAUAUCUCGAACGGUCUUCUAAUCUGUCAUAAAGUUCGAUGGAUGGAUGAUGGGUUUACGAGAGUUCUUAUCUAUUACUGUUCAUGGGAA